ACUAGGGCUGUGCGUUUAUUUGAUUAUUCGAGCAAGUUGAAUAAUCAAUUGCUCAAUUACUCAAUUAUUCGAUUAAUCAAAAUUUUGAUUACUCAAAACGAGUAUUAUAUGAGUAAUUUAAAAAAUGAUUAUUCAAUAAACUGUUCAUUUUGUUCAUUUGUCUACAUAAAGUUUGCUGCUAAAUAAUUGUAAAAAAAAUAUAAAAAAAACAUGCUUCAAAAGCCAAGCAUCAAAAAUUAUAAAAUAAAAAACUAUUUUGAUGUGAUAGCCGACCGGGAGUGGGCAAAGUGUCGAAGAUGCAACAAAUGGCUUAAGUAUCAAGGAACUUCUAGUUCCUUGAUUUACCAUAUCACUCGUGUGCAUAACAUCGCUUUGAAGAAAGAAAGGCCAGAAAUAGAAUGUAACAGCAGUGAGGAGCUUCUCGAAGCAGAUUGGAAUAUUACCGAUGUAGAUUCUACAAGUUUUGAAGCAGAAACAAGUUUGUCCUGCCAUAAUACAAAGCAUGUGGGUACUAAAUCACAAAUCCCGCAAACGGUAAAGGUGAUUAACGAGGCUCUUUACAAAAUGAUCGCACAGGACAUGCUUCCUCUGAAUUUUACAGAAAAAUCCGGAUUUAAACAUUUUUUAAACAUAGCACUACCAGGCUACAAUGCACCAGGGAGAAAGGCCAUUACAGGUCACAUUGAAAAGUUGUAUAUUGUCGCAGCCGCAUCUCUUGCAAAUAUAUUAAAAACCGCAGAUAUGUUCGCCUUAACGACAGACGCAUGGACAUCAACAGCAGUCAUAUCGUAUAUAACAAUAACUACCCACUUUAUUGAUGACAACUGGGAGUUACGCUCGUAUGUUUUAGAAACAUUUGAUCACCCCCAAAGACACACUUCAGAAAAUCUAAGAAAAUCUGUUGAGGACUGCGUCAGUCGGUGGAACAUGGACGGAAAAGUCAUAGCGACUGUACAUGACAAUGCUCGAAAUGUAACGGCUUCAGUGAAGGAUUCUCAUCGCCUUGGAGAAAGUGUGCCAUGUUUCGCUCAUACUCUUCAACUCGCAGUAAACUCUGCUUUAGAAUAUGCCAAGUGUAUUAUACAGAGAGCAACUAAAAUUGUAAGUCAUUUCCGUCAUUCCGCAUUGGAGACUUCUGCUUUGCUGAAAAAACAAAAAGAAUUCGAACUUCCAGAACAUAAGCUAGAGCAGUGUUGCAUUACACGGUGGAAUUCUACAUUUAAAAUGUUAAAACGGCUAGCAGAACAACGAAGAGCUGUUUGUGCCGUUCUUUCAGAUUCUACAUCCUCAGGAAGUAGCAGUUUGCACUUAACAGCAGUAGAAUGGGACACGAUAACCGACCUUUUAGUAGUUUUAGAAGCAUUCGAUGUCACAACAACACUAAUGUCUUCAGCAUCAAGAGUGACACUUUCAAUGGUGCGGCCAAUUAUAUACCGUCUUAAAGAAAAUUUCUUAAAAAGAAAGCCUACAGAUUCGGUAUUAAUUAAAAAUUUUAAAGAGACGGCGGUUCGAGAGCUUCAAGAUCGGUUUUUAAAUAAAACUUCUACGGCCAAUUCGAACCCACAUGCGCGCUACUAGCUGAAAUUCUUGAUCCUCGAUACAAAAAUUUAGCUUUCGAAAGUGACGAGCUCCGAAGCAGUGUGUUAGAGAAGCUAACCCGUAUCUUGGAAUGUGAAAA